CAUCACCAUUUAACCCCUCCUCGUCCAUAGACUGGCCAUCGAACGCACUACCAUACCUCUAAUUGCAUAACCGUCGGCCUACCGCCGUCGUCGCACUCACCCCGAAUGGCGCUGGGCAAACUCUUCCACUAUGCCCUCGAUGCAGUGUUCGUGUCUACUGUCUUAGCGGGAGUACGGCGUUCGAGCGGUUUCAGACCAGACACCACACAGGUACCAGAGGGCACCGUCCGCACCGUCGCCGACACGUACCUGGGAGUUGGGGAGACCAUAUUCGACAUGAUACAAGGGACCGCUGUGAACAGCGAGUACUUCAAGCGCGAUACACGGAGAUGAUGGGAUGAGCACUGAAGAGCGUGGAGAGCGUAUAGCAUAUCUGCGCGAACGGAGCGAUCUGUAUCUUAUGUCCCGUGUACGCAGGGUGGAGGGUAUUUAUUUUGGCAACAUCAACCCAGUUCCUUACCACAUCAACUCUUGUGGAUAGUCCUGCAGUGCUGUCAGGCUGAACAGAGUCGUUUUCCAGGGCGUCACUCGCUAACCUGCAAUAUGCUACUCGACAGGCUCUGAAGACGGUGCAAGUCAUUCGUUUGCCGAAUAUCAGUUCAAGUUAGGGUCGACCUUCGAAUGCUUCCAUCGGAG